ACACCGUUCAACAUCGAACGGAUAAAUAGCUCAAAGAUCUCUUCUCCGAGAUGUCGCUGUCCCUCUUCGGAACGCCCAGGAGUUCAGGCGGCCGGUCCCGUACCCCUUCGCAAACACCUAUGAGGGGAAUCCGAUUCCCGAGCAACACCCCUCCUCCUGUUCACCACGACGACCUUCAACCUCUUGUUUCCUAUCAUGCGGUACACGCUCAUCUUCCCAGCGGUACCAGCUCGAAUACAGAGGUCCAGCACUACAACUUUCCGUACGAGCAACUCGAUGUGGAUGACAUCCCUCUACCGGAGGAGGAGGACGCAACAAACAGGCAGUCGCAGUUGCUUCCAGAACACGCUCUGUCCGUAUCAUACUCGCCCGAAUGUUCGACACUAGCUAGGGUCAUCGGAAACGGCAAGACUCUCGAGUUGAGGUAUAUCGCUUCGACUUCGAGUAGGAAACAAAAGGACAACAAUUCGAACAUCAUCAGGAUCUCGUUUACUUCGGCGAUCCAUGAUAUCUCCGCUUCGAAAUGUUUCUACCGUCCGACCUCGAACGACAAUGACUCGACCUUCACGAUCGUCAUCAUCGACAAGAAAUCCCGCAUCCACCGCCUAACCUUCCCGAAUCCUCACACCCGCGUCGAACGUGGUCUCGCCGCCUUCGAAUGGAACGACAAGAACUUGCACGUAGGGUGGUUGAUGAUGAGCGAGCAGGAUAUGCUUGCUAGUGGGAUGACGAUCAGGGGGGACGAACCUCUUGUUUGGAACGUGGUGGAUGAGGAUAAUCUGAUCAUCGCUGUCAGGGAUGGGCUGUUGAGGUGUACUUUGGUAAAUGAAGACUGGACGCACGAAUACUUCAGAAGACCGUCCUCCUUCCGAAUGUUCCGUUCAGACCCAGCUUCCCAAACUCGCGUCAUCUCCUUUCAGCACGACCCUAUCACCGAGCUAGUCUACGCGAUCACGAGGGACAAGAAGCUCAGAAUCUGGAACGCCCAGACGCUGAACCACGAGAGCGUGAUCGAUCUCGCUCAAACGGGCGGGUCUUCAGAGCCUCGUCAGCCUCAAUCAGAAGCUCUCACCAUCGGGUCGAACGCGAGUAUCAACAUGCCAACCUCAUCUUUGGUGCAGAUCUUACCUGGGACGCAGGAUACGCCAUACGACAAGUACAUCGUCGUCUUCACCCCUACUCCGCGUUCUCCUGAGGGUGCGGGGUAUUUCCAGGUCUUUGGCACGUUGGGGAUCAAGAAGGAUAUCACGCAUGUGGGGUUCUUUACGUGUUCAUCACAGACCGUCGGGAUGGAUUUCCGAGGUUUCAAUGUGGAGCAUGCUACAGAGACUUCUCGAAACGGUGGUGGGGACAUCGAGAUGGAAGACGAGUCGACUUCAACAUCGUCGUCAGUGUCGAGUACGUGGAGACUCUGGGCGGCUUGGGAUCUCAAGGGAAAGCUCUUCCUCGAAUGGAGCGAUAUUUCCACGCUGUUCGAGCCAAAAGAAGAAGAGUUGGGGAUCAUGGCGAGUAAUACGUGGAAGAUGGUCUCUUCCUCCAAGGAAUCCCUCGACCUGGAACCCAUGUUCGAUUCCGCCUACUUUGACGCCCUGAACGAAGGGAUCGAGGAUGGAUCGCUGGGCGCGGAGGAUGUGGCGAGGUAUUUCGUCGAUCAUCUCUUUUACCCCGGACGGUUCUCGCAGUCGGUUUUGAAGGGAGCGCUAGAGGAGUAUAGUUCUGGGAACGAUGACCAGAUAGACGCUAUGGAUGAGGAGGACGAGGAGUAUAAGUCGCUACGGGACCAGAUAGGGGAAGCGGUAGGGAGGCAUCUAGUACCGCUUCUAGACCAAGACCUCGAUGCGCAUGAACAUGCGGACCUUUUGAGACGGUUCAAGUUGGAGUGGCAAGCUUUCUGGAUCAUGGUCCAGCAGCGGGAUAUUCAAGGUAGAUGGCCCAUCUCGUUGGUACCGAUGACUACUGGGGUGGCAGAAGAAGGAACCGCCGCUAUGGUUCUCUGUCGGGAAGGUCUCGUCGUCCCCGCUGUGGAGGACGAUGCCGCAUUUGUCAGGCGGCUCAUGGUCAACACCGUGGAUGCCGACCUGGAGGACCUGGAGGUGCCGGUCGAAGUGAUCGAAAAGGACGAGAUCAAGGAUUUGCUACGAUCGCCGAGCAGUACACUGGAGGCGCAUCACCCUGGGUUGGCUCACCCGGAUGUGCGGUCUCUCGUAGUGACCGGCAUGGCAUCAGCGAGCGUGCUUGCGCAAAGCAUCUACCCGGAAGAGUUUUUCGCCUUUCAGAAACGGGCGUACGAGCGCCCUACCGUUAGCAGUCUCGCCGGGUCCAUGUCCCAGGAUUUUACCAGGACCAGUGAUCAGGAUAUCGAGGUCCCGAAACCUCUAAGAGACUCGGCGGAUCCCCGUAAAGUCUUCCAUGCGACGCUAGAUCUGCUGGUGGAUCUUCCGAAGGAGCAAACCGCUGGCGAUCUACACGACACUUUCACUGGCUUGAGCUUGAAGGUAUCAACAUUCCAUCAAAUCGUGGCAACACGUCAACUGGUCGCGAGCGAGGUCUUGUUACUCGCUUGUCACAUGCUCUCGGGAACGAGCAACGACGAUAUGCCCGAACACAAGAACGUCUAUUUCAGUAUUGCGCACCGAGCGCUUGCCGUCUUCCAUGCUUGGGAGACAUUGAGACGGUUAUCGGAAAAGCAUAGCGACGAAUCUCAGCAUACCUUCAGGCAACCUUCGGAUGUAUCACGGGAAGGUGGCCACGCUGCGUUCAUCGCCUUGCGCGAAGAAUGGAAGAAGGAGAACGAUCUGUCUUCCUGCAAUGAGACUGCCUAUUCUCUCGUUCACGCUAUCCUUGCGGAGAAACCACAAAGCCAUAGCGGACGAGAACUCACGCCCAAAUCUCUCACUGUGACUGCUUUCCGAAACCUGCUUCAAUUUGGCCUGAUAACCGACACGGAACGCAUCGAAGCUGGCACACCCGAAACGAUUCUCGCGCUCGACAUCCUCCUCAGUGGCAAUAUCGAAAGUUGUCUGGACUUUAUCGAGUCUUACCCUCGGAGUGCCGGGGUCAGCUACGUUGCGUCGCGGGCGACGAUAAUUGCAGGAGCAGAUAUGGAGAUGGCUAUAGAUGGUUUGAACAACGUUGCCGCAGCGCUUGCCCGUCCAGGUUGGGCGGAGAUGGACAGAUCUGGAUUGGUCAGCGUGCUACCUGAUCGCGUUCGAUGGAACGGGUUGGCCGAAUACUACCAUCAUGCUCACUCCCUCUGCAAGACCGCUCGUUUGACGGCUUCGGCUGUCAUGUUCGCCAAGCGGUCCAUCGAGGAGACAGCAGACCCACACGCGGCACAAAAUCUGAUGCGAUACGUGUUCAAGGAGUAUCUCGCCCAGGGUCAAUACGAAGAGGCGUGGCAAGCAAUGCUGGCGAAUCCCUUGGUGAACCACGAUUCCACCGAAGACGAGAGACCUCUCGGAGCCCUGAUCCACGCAAUGUGCAGAGCUGGAGAAGCUCAACGACUUUUCAACUUGCCGUACAGUGGCAUGGAAGGUUACAUAGAAGACGAGCUCGAUCUCAGGGCACGAACCGCCGAUCCUCUUGCAUCACCUUACUAUCACAAGAUCCUGUAUUCAUGGCUGACCAGGCGAGUAGAUCACCGGAAAGCGGCAUUGACCAUGUUCCAGUACGCGGAACGUGUGAAAAACCUAACGGCAAGAAACUCGGCGGACUAUCGAUCACAUCUUCUGUUGCGCUCGCGCAGUCUCCUGACCGCCUCCAACAGUCUCUCUUUGGUUGACGCCAAGCACCGCUGGUUUACGACGAUCGCCAGCAGCAGACCAGGCAACGACGAGAAUCCUCGCAAACGUCUCAGGGUCGGCUGCAAUAUACCGGCAUCCGAAUACACUCAUGCUAUUCGUCGAGACAUCGACAUUGUCACGCUCGACCAGAUCAAAAAGGAGUCCGACCUGGUCCUCGCAACACUGAUGAUCAGCAGUCAUACGGGUAGUGAUCUCGAUCCCGCUUCGCCAUUAACAGCGACUGACUGUGUGGCCAUGAUGUCUGAAGCUGGCUUGUUCGAUCAGGCACUUGCGAGCGCCGACGUUCAAGGCAUCGACAAGACCAUAGUGUUCGAGUACCUGACGGGCCGAUGUCUCGAGAUGGAAGGAAUGGCCGACGAGGCGAUCAGAGAGAUCGGUCUGGCGACCUGGUUGGACGCAUCGUCGGUCAGCGCGACCUGGUACGGAUCGUUGCCUGAAAAGGCAUGGACGUAUCUCGACAAGACACUCUCCAUACACGACGUCGCUAGUCGUCCCUCGCAGUACGCUUGGGGCGCAAAGGUCUCUUCAGGUACAAACUCUACGUACCACCUUGCCGUCUUGAACAAGGUGCUAGAGAUCGACCCGGAAUACGCGCUGCCUCAGUGGCUGGUAACUCGACUGAUGGAGAGGUGUCCGGACGCGCUCAUACAAGCUGCUCUGAAAGUCGGAGCGACGAGCAAGGCUGCUGUCUGGGCUCGGGAUUGCCUGAAAUGGGCGCAGAAUCAACAGCCUCGCACCGUCGGAGCGGGUGUUAUCGCCCCACAAUACUCGCCUUUCAAUAUGAUUGACCAGGUCAUCGCGGCCGCCAAACCCAGCGAAGACAAGUCUGUCAAGGUCGCCGUGGACGCUUUACAGACGGAAGCCUCGAGACGGUUCAAGGGAAUCAAGAGUCUGAUGAGCACGAUCGAAAGGGUAUAAUUGCGGCCUUGUAUGUAGGAAUUUACGACGCAUAACGAAAAACGGACGAAAAUUGUAUAUCAUGUCGCUGCCAUGACGGUAUUCAUUGCUACAGAGAGCGCAGCGGUCGCUCCAAUUCAAAGC